GCGCGAGCUCUCUCCCCGCGGAGCAGCGCGCGCUCACUCAGCUCCCAAAGCUCCUACAGCAGCUCCUCAGGACUGGAACCGCUGCACGCGGAGCUUUUAUUAUCAUUUUACACAUUUUUACACCUGAAUUCUGCUUUAUUGGGACUCUCCGGAGGGGAGCAGCAGCGGGAGGAUUCGUUUGGAAGCCUGAAUGAAGAAAUAUUACCACCCUGAGAAUUUACUGAAGAAAAUAAGGAUUGAAAUGGAUCCAAACCUGGAAAACAAGCUUCCUUCCAGCAGCUGAAGCAGCGCUCUGGUUUUGCUCCAGAUUGGAAGUAGUUUCCCAUUUUAACAGCACUAAGAUCUCUGGAAUGCCCAGUGUGGGAAGUGGGACGCUGAGGAGGAGGUCAGAAAUCAGGUUCUUCACAUGUUCUGUGAUUUAUUCACGGCAUUAAACUCGCAAUAAUCAAAACACUGAAAACCCCACUUGCUUCACUUCCACAACUUUACCAGAACUCGGCGAUGAACUCAGUCAGCUGAUUUUUUACUUUUUUAUUUUUAUUUCCACCCCCUGGAGUUCCAGAACUGAUAAUUCCGUCAGGAUUUUGUAACAAAAAAAAUGGAAAAUCCAUUGGAUGUUUUGUCCAGAGCAGCAUCUUUAGUGCAUGCGGACGAUGAGAAACGCGAGGCUGCACUAAGAGGAGACCCCAGAUUGCAGCCCAUGUCCCUGUCGUCUGCAGUCAGCAAUCACAGGACAGGGCCGCCUCCCAUCAGCCCCAGCAAGAGAAAGCACAGCGGGGACGCGGCCGACGACGACUUCGACUGCAGCAACGAGCAUGUGGCCAAGAUGAGCCGGUUGUUUGCUGCACAGCUAGGCAAGCCUGCCAACGGGGACUACCGCAAGGACCCCAGAGAUCGCAGCCGCAGCCCCAUCGAGCGCGCCGCCGCCGCCCCCUUCAUGAGCCUCCACGACGGUCACCUCUACGCCCACAUGUCCAGCCUGGCCAUGGACCAGCCCCUCGCACUGACCAAAAACAGCAUGGACGCUGCCCGCACUGUCACCAUCUCGCCUACUGUCAGUCCCGUCGAGCGCCAGCAGAAUCGGCCCUCUGUGAUCACGUGUGCCCCGGCCAACAACCGCAACUGUAACCUCUCUCACUGCACUGUGUCUCACAACGGCUGCUCACCCAGCCUGCCCACCAACUACAGGAGACCCUCCAACACAAACACAGCCUGCGACCCCGUGAUCGAAGAGCACUUCCGUCGCAGUCUGGGCAAAAACUACAAGGAGCCGGAGCCGGUCACAAACUCCGUGUCCAUCACCGGAUCGGUGGACGACCACUUCGCCAAGGCGCUGGGCGAGACCUGGCUGCAGAUCAAGGCUAAGGGCAGCUCUUCCGGAAGCCCCGACUCGUCCCCGAACAGUCACAUGGUCAACCACAAUCACUCCCCCUCUCUUGUUUCAUGAAAAAGAGGACCAGCUUGCCCCCCCUUUCACUCCUGGCCCCGCCCCCUUUACUCUCAAAAACAACCAACCUACCAACCAACCAUGCAUGUUUCAGCUUAAAGCAGCGCUAGUGUAUAGCCAUGUAUGUACAUACUCACUGAAGACUGUUUUUCUUUUCUUUUAUCUUUUUCUUUUUUCUUUAUAGAGGUUUUUGUUUAGUGUCCUUCAGCUUGGCAUUUGAUUCGGCUGCCCACACUACAACUAAUUUAGUUUAUGAAUUAAUGAGCAGGACACAUUAAAAAGGUUGAAUUUUUUGGUUAUUUCUCCUAGUACAUAUGCCAGCUUGCAUCCUAACCACCUGCCCGCCUCAGAUACCAAAGAAACCUCUGAUGCAAAUUUUUGUUUUGUAAUUAUAAUUUUUUUUGCCCGUUUAAAAGAGAGCCAUUUUUCUUUCUUGCUCCAGCUGAAUUCUCCCUCCUCACCAGUUGUCUCGCACCACGGUCUUCUAAAGGCGGAUUUAUACUUCUGUUAUACUUCUGAGUCUAUGAUGUAAGUUGCUCAAGUUGCAGUGUUUGCUGCCUUGCGUAUCCUGUGUCCACAUUUCAGUUGUUUGUGUGCAUCCUCAGAAAUGCGCAACGUGCAGUACAAAAAUGAUGGGGCAUAAACUGUUGUGAGCAUUUAUACGUGUGCGUUUGUAUAUCUAAAUUGCUCUGCAGUUAAACCUCCAGAACACUAGGUGGCAGCGAAGGCAGAAAUUAAUGCGAUGUGCAGUAUGAUGUUCAGUACACACAAAAAUGCUAGGGGACAGUGCAGACACUCAUCUUCAUCAACUUGAUGAAAAGUCAUUAAGGAUGGCUACCCAAAUCUGGUGUGUUGUUGCUUAAGAAAGGUGGAGGCCUCUAGUGGAAGCCUCCAGUAAGACAUGUAGCACAUUCACAAUGUAGCCAAUACACAGACAGUUGCCCCUGACUAUUUUUACGUAAAUGCACGGCCCUAGAGCGAGAAUAUCUGUAGCAUAAGGUGUGUGUCACACGAUUAUAAAUAUAUUAAGUCGUAGAUUUGAAGUACAAUACUUAAUGAAUCCGCCUUAACUCUUCACUCCACCUUAACACUGCUCCCCUGUUCUCGUAUGUGAAACUUGAAAUGGAAGAAAGGCCUUUUUUUGCACUGUUGAUGGCUUGAGGUCAUUAAUAUUAAUUAGGUGGCUAAUAAGGCUUGUACUUUGGUUUAGUUGUUUUUUUUUCCUUCAGAAAAGGAGAGGAAACUGCUAACAGCGACUGUUGUUGAGGGAUGAUCCAUGUUUUAUGUUCAUUGUUGAAAAAAUUGUUUUGGGGAGAUUACGUUGUUUUAUGAUUUCUUUUUUUUUUUUUGGUGCCGACAACUGGACUGGAUAGCAUCAUGUUUAUUUUUUUUUUCAGCCAUUUUUUUUCUUUUUCUUUUAAUUAAGGGCAUUUUUUUGUCUUUUUUUCCCCCAAGCACUGUGGUUUUUGGUAGAGUAGAUUUUAAGGUUUUUAAGGGUAAAUAUUUAAGGGUAAACGAUUGAUGCUCACCGGUGCAUGUUGUUUUCUUUCUUUUUCUUUUUUCUCGGUUCGUUUGCUUAUUUGUUGUUUAUUUGUUUUAAAUAGCUGGUAUCUAUUAUUGUGUAGACAUUUCAUUCUUAAUCCUAUUAGCCUUUUUUCUCAGAUUUUUAGUUUAUUUUUGUCAGUAACAAUCGUAGGUAAACUUACUGCUGGUACAGUUGUACUCAAUAUUAUUUUUUAUUCAAUAUUCAUUGUGGUAGCAGCCAGAUAAAGAGGACAGCCUCUGGACAGGCCAUCUUAUUAUAUAUUAACAGUUGGAUUUAUAUUGUAUUAAUCCGUGGUACAGGAUGCUAUUAGCGUUUUGCAUGACUGAAAACCAACAGCAGCAGCUAUGGACAGGUCAGCGGCGAGAGUUGACCAUCUGCAGAAAACUCUGAGAGCUAACGUUUGAAUUUCUGCUUUUUAUUUGCUUCAUACUGAUUGACUGCAGCUUUCAUACUGUUUUGUUUUUCUUAUCUUUCGUUUGGUCAAACAGUUUUUUUAUCGUACUGCCUGUACCGAGAUUAAACACAUUCCUCCGCUAGGGAACCGAACUUCGUACAGGUUUUGUUACAGGUUUUACCUCUGCUCUCAUUUUCAGCGCAGCAAACUACUGCUACUAACCCGUUAGUAAACGUCUUUGUUGUGACGAGGUUAUAGCGUUUAGAGAGGCUAUUCUCAUCUUAAGCUUGUCCGUACAUUCCAUCAUUACGUUAAAAACCAUUGGACGUGCCCAAAUUUCAACAUUGGAUUAAAAGCUUGCUGCCAGACGGCCCUUGUUGGUGCCAAUUCAAAAAAAAAAAUCUCAAAGGUUAUGUUCAGACUGUAGACUGUAUCCAGAUUUAUUUUAAAAGUGUGGACAGCCUGAAAACAUGUGAAAUCAGAUUUUUGGCAUAUCUACAUUGUAUCGAGAUUGUUAUUUUAUUUUUGGAAAUCUAAACAGCCAGACUCCAAAUUAAAUCAGAUUUUUGGAACAUCUUUAUUAAAUCUAGAUUUUUUUUAGAUAGUCAAAACAGCCUAAAAUGCAUAAAAUCAAAUUUGUCAUAUUUUGAUUGUAUUCAGAUUCAUUUAUACAUCCAGAAAUCCCAGUGUGUUUUUUUGCAAAUCUGAUCCGGACCACAUUUAGAGUUGGGAAGUUUAUUGGGAAUCCUUCAUUACGUGAUAAACCUCGAUACCACGGCAACCACUACAAGAUGCAGAUACGCAGAUUUGUGAUGUCUGGACAUGCAAAUCUGAUCUGAUCACGUGAAUGAGAAUGUGGACAGUUGUCUCAAAUCUAAAGAGAUCUUAUUUAAGAUUUGCUCGCAGUCUGAACGUAACUAUAUAUCUAUAUAUCGGACGACUAUUUUCCACGACUAUUUUUCGAGUACACUUUUUCGUACUCGUUUUAAAUACGAACAAAUAAAACUAAACAAAAAAAGGCGUCGUAAACUGCAUUUGGCCAUCAGCGUUGUUUUUGUGCGUGAAUACGGGAGUGAAAUAAAACUACGCCAUCUAUGUCUUCUAGAGGUCAAAGUCAACAUAAUUUCACUUUUUUUUUCCCACACUACCAGUUUUUAUUGGGUAGAAAACUUUUUUUUCUUCUGUUUUUGACUCUCAUUUACCCUGCAGGCUGUAGGAGAAUAAAUCACUUAUUGAGAACUUUUUAUAUAGGUAACUAUAAGACCAUCAUUACGCUGUGCGUAACGAAUGUACAGAGAAAACAAAUCGUAGGUAUUUUUUGAGGAACAAUUAAUUUGUUAAUGAUAUGUAGCUAUUUAAUUUUUCCCUGUCCUUUUAUUGUAAUCAUGCUUUUUUUUUUUUUUUUGAGAAAAAAGUUGAUCUUUUUCAUUUGUAGAUUUGUCUGUUUAAAGUGCAGGAACACAGUUAUUCUAUGAAACACUGCGGUAUAGCCACUCGUGUAUUAUUAAUAUUUCUGAAGGCUACUGAGCAGCCUUCAGUUUUGAUACAGCUUUCAAACACAGAGGCUCUUCAACUGUCUCUGGAGACAAUUGAACAAAAUACAAAACCACAAUCUAAAGAAAAUUUGCUCAUCAUUCUCUUAUUUUUUCGGCUACUCGUCUGGGAUGAGUAACUCCAAACCCUACUGGUCAUUGUCAUUUUAAGUGCAGUUCGAUGUUUUUUACUAAAACUUCUAAGGUCAGUGUAACAUUUAUUAAUUAAAUUUUAUGACUGUUUAAGUCUAAAUUCUAAUUUACAGUUGGGUGUAAAACCUCACUAUUGUUUUCCCCAUUUGGUGUAGUUUAGAAGUUUUUUUUUUAAAUUGCUUUACCAAUUUUCUAGUUUUUAAUUUUUGUCUUUUGCAAACAUAAUUUCAGGGGGAAAACAAAUAAUCUUUACUCAACUUCCAAUGUUGCAUCUUAACAAAAGUAGAUUAGAAUAUAGAAAAGAGAAAAUCAGAAAAUAAAGUGAGGAGUCCUCUUUUUUCCUGAAAUUUAUAUUGUGAGUGACAGAAUUGAAAAAAAAAAUGAUUAGAAAAAAAAAGAAACAAUUGGUACUAUACAAAUAAUGUUUUACACCUAAUUUUCUGAUGUAGAAUUCAGCCUCAUUCAGUCAGAAAAUGAACCUGAUAAAUGUUACACCGGACGUCUGAAAACUGUAAGGAAGAUGACUUGUGCUUCCGAAAAAAUAAUUCACAAUAUAAAUUUAACAUUAAGAACAAAAAAAAAAGCAAUCUGUCAUUAUCACCGUCAUGCCUCUAGUGUAGCUCUGAAUACCCCGGAUGAACGACUGGUUUGUAAAUCUGUAUUAUACCUUCAUUUCGUGGCCUGGGUUUUUCUUUUGAGUUUAAAAAAGAUUAAAGAAAAUUGGCGGGCCAUUGUUUUGUACUUAAAGUAAAGUAGCCUCGAUGAACAAUAAAGUGCUCUUAAACCACA